CUGGGAAGUUUGUAGGUUGCGUUGUAUAUGUUUGUUGGCUUCGAAACCAGGUUUUUGUAACGUAGUAAAUUAUCUCUGACUCACUUCGUGACACGAGUCUCAGUGAAACUUGGUUACCAUUAACAUGAAUAUUAAUGUGAAUGUUUAUAAUGUAAUUAUUACUGGGUUGGCGUUUUUCUUUCUUUUUGCUGCAUUUCAAACAGCAUCCUUAACUGCACAAAAUGUUUUAGAAGCUGUUUCAAAAGAUCGUAACGGCAGUUUUGAUGGCGCGGGUUAUACUAGCCUAGCGAUUGUUUAUAUCUCAUUCGGCUUAUUCAAUUGGUUUGCUCCAAUUGUUGUGAUGUAUCUUGGAGAAAAAUAUUCUAUGAUUGCUGGUUCAUUCUGUUAUGCUGUGUACAUUGCUUCUUAUAUCGAACCCGUUGUAUGGAGCUUGUAUUUGGCAUCAUUUGUAAAUGGAAUUGGUGCAGCAGUGUUAUGGACUGCUCAAGGUGUGUUCAUUACCAAUUGUUCUACCAAAUCUAAUUUAAACCAGCAUUUUAGCCUGUUCUGGGGAUUAUUUCAGGCUAAUCAAAUAGUUGGUGGUCUAUACGCCUACCUAUCACUAUCGAAUAUAGAUGAAAUCUCUCGCACUUUGCGUAUUCAGCUUUAUGGCGGAUUACUAGGCUGUGCUAUUUUGGGAAUUUUAUUAUUGUUCAUGCUCAAAAAGCCUCAUCAAACGGAUAGCAUUUCGCACCAGCUGUUAAUUGAUGUGGAGGUAAAUUCCCUCGAUGAAAGCGUAAAUGAAUCAUCUGCAAAUUUUCCAACAAUACAAAAUCGUUCAACAGUUUUUCAAUCGGUUUUACACACAUUACGUCGAUCAGUUAGUAUCCUAAUGACAAAACCAAUGAUUUGUAUACUUGUGGCAGCAGCAUUUACUGGCAUUAAUUUGACAUUCUAUUCAAGUCUAUAUGCUUCUGCAUUAGGACAUUGUUUACAUUUUGGUAAAAAUGCAAAAUCUUAUAUUGGAUUAGCUGGUCUAUUCAUUGGAAUUGGAGAAAUUGCCGGCAGUUUUUCUUCACGUUUAAGUCGAUGGAUUCGUUUAGAGGGAAUUUUAAUUAUUUUUGGUUAUGUCACUGCAAUCCUAGCUGGUUAUUUCACUUUCAUGAUGUUACCGACUAAUAGUUCUAUACAAGAUACAGAUGAUUUGUCUUAUAUUACUCCUAA